CAGCUCUCAGAUGUCAUCUGUUCCUCUACAGCUUCUGUUUUAUGUAAAUGGCGUUUAUUUCAUCUUUUACUUCUUGGCAACUCUCGCAAUGGUGCUUUAUAAAAGUCAAGUUUUCAGCUAUCCAGAUGAUUUUUUGACUCUUGAUCUUACCCUGCUUUUCGUUAUGGCUAUUGUGGAAGUGCUCCGGUUGUACCUGGGUGCAAGGGGGAACCUGACAGAAGAGGAGGGUCCGUUGGGGCUCAGCCUUGUGAUGACAGUGGGAAGUGUGUUUCUGGCUGUGUAUUUCCUGGUGUGGCAAACCUAUGUGCUGAAAGCAGAUGUCAUCCUCAACGCUGUUCUGCUCCUCUCCUAUGGGAUGGAGUCAAUUCUCAAGGUCUCCGCCAUCGCUGCUUUUAUCAGAUAA